UUGUGCAUCAUGCCGAGGACGCGCGGGGUCAAGGCAGCGCUCCUUGUGUUGGACUCUCCGCUCAGUGAAAAUUGCUUGGAGACCGACAGAAACAGUUUCACACAUCGAUGUGUGUGCCACAAAUCUGGUCUCGUACCUCCAACGAAUUCAUCUUACUGACACAUGUGAGCCAAGAAUACAGGAAUAAUCGAGGGAGACGCGUUGGUUUCUGGCUAGUUAAGUUUUAUUUUGAUUUUAUUUUUUUACAGCGAGUGAAAUCACUGCUGGUUACGAAAUGUCGGGGAAAAUCGAGAGUAAGCAAGACUCGCAGCGCUCCCACCUCUCCUCCUUCACCAUGAAGCUGAUGGACAAGUUCCACUCUCCCAUGAUCAAGAGGACGCCAUCGAAGAAGGGCAAGCAGUUGCAGGUCGAACCAGUGGUCAAGAGCCAAGAGAAACCCGUCAACAAGAAGGUGAGUCGGCUGGAGGAGCAGGAGAAGGAGGUGGUGAGCGCACUACGCUACUUCAAGACCAUCGUGGACAAGAUGGUGGUGGAGAAGAAGGUGCUGGAGAUGCUGCCUGGCUCGGCCAGCAAGGUGCUGGAGGCUAUUCUACCUCUGGUGCAGGUGGAGGCCCGGAUAACACACAAUUCGGCUGUGUCGUCGUGUCACAACCGGGUGUACCAGAGCCUUGCCAACCUGAUCCGCUGGUCCGACCACGUCAUGCUGGACGGCAUCAACCUUGAUGACAAGGACAACGUGGUCGCGGUCACGACAGUCAUCAAAGCCGUUCUGGAUGGGGUCAAGGAGCUGGUCAAACUCACUAUAGAGAAACAGGAGCAACCCUCCCCCACCACACCCAACAGACCCCCAGCACCACCUAUCACUACACCAGAGAGCAGGUCAGAGUUGCCACUGACAGAACGGGAGAGGGAGAUCCUGAGUAAGACCCCGCUCACCGAGGCUGUGACGGACAUGGCAGAGGAGGACGUAGCUCCGCCCAAACCCCCCCUCCCUGGCCUGAAAAUGGAUGCGCUCAGCCCUCCUCCAGCUUUGCCCCCAAAGAAGCGUCAGUCGGCCUCGUCGCCCACCCGUGUAGCAGUGGUGGCCACCAUGAGCCGCGGCUCCAGCCUGCCCUGCAGCGUCCACAGUCAGCAGCAGGACUAUGAGCAGGAGUUCCUCCAGAGGCGUUUCUCAGGGGGCAGCCAGUCGUAUGGGUGCGACUCUCAGCGCCUCUCGCCCUACAGCAGCAUGGGGAAGCUCAGCAGGUCUGAAGAGCAGCUCUGCUCCAUGGAACAGGACAGUGGACAGUGCUCCAGAAAUACUAGCUGUGAGACACUGGACAACACAGAGAGUUACGACCCCGACUAUGACUUCCUCCACCAGGACCUCGCUGUCUUCACAGGGGACACCCACCUGCCCUCCACUACCACCCCCUCAGGGGUCAUGUACCUGUCCCCCCUCCCCGAGUCCCACAGUGAGUGCUCCUCCCCCGUGCCUCCUCACGCCCAGUUCAGGCACCACCCGCCCCACACCACCAACAACCCCACCCACCCCAGUCUGAGUACUGGACCCCCCAGCCCGGUUCCCACAUCAUCCCCUUGCAACUAUCCCGCAUCAGUGCUCCUCCAGCAUUACCCCAGAAGAAGCGGCGCAGCUCCCAGGUUUCACCUUAUCAGGAUGGGUGUGGCUCCUCGGGGGACCCUCAACGAGAGGUCCCCUUCCCAAUACGAAAACCUGUCGGAGGAGGAGCUGCUGCACCCCACGCCACCCUUUCCCCUCUUCACUCCCAACUCGCCCAUGCCCCAGAGCAACGGGGGGGUGUUCGUGACCCAGUACCUGGCUAGCGAGAACGCCGACCUGCCCUCUAGUCCACCGCCACUGCCUGAGAAGAGGAACAAGCACGUCCUGGCGUACAUGCAGUUUGUGGAGGACUACUCAGAGCCCCAGCCCUCAGUGUUCUACCAGACCCCACAGAAUGAGAGCAUCUAUGAGCAGAGGAACAAACGCUUCCAGGACGUCUAUGGCCUCAACGACUCCUUCAGCAGCACCGACUCGGUCCACGAGCCCCUUCCCAUACCCCUCUUCCCGCCCCCCGCCCUGCCCCCCAAGAAGAGGCAGCUGCCGUCAUUGGUGGUGGCGGCGGAGGAUGCGGGCUCUGGCCUAGGCCUCAUCCUAUCGGUUUCUAGCUCCUCCUACCUGAGUGGACAUGCCUCGCUGACCACGCCCAUGAGUUCAGACCAGGUCGCCUUGACCAAUGCCACUAUAUUGGAUGGCAGCAGGGGCGGGCCCAACGGUUCCCUGGCCAACUCAUUGGGCUCUGUGGCCAUCUGUCUUCCUCCUCCUGAGACCACUUCUCUUCUAACUGACUCUCUCCUCCGCACCUCGGCAGUGAGCGUCGACGAGGGUGGCGAGGGCGAGUAUGUCAACCUGUACUCAUCCAGCCAGGCCAAUGGGGAGCUGGAGCUGCCUCCCUGCCUCAGACCAAUCGCUGCUGAUGAUGUCAUUCAAGACCCCGCCCCACAAAUGCAAUCCUCCAAUAGCAAGGAGGCUCUGGACAAGGACAGCAGGAGGCAGAAGUCGACAGACUCGGUCCAGAGCGAUGAGGAGGAAGUGGAUGAGCUCUCUCUCAUCGACCACAAAGAGAUCAUGUCCCGGAUAACACUCAAACAGGAGAAUGACGAUGGACCUGAUGUGCGUGCUGGAUCAGGGGAUAUUCUGUUAGUCCACGCCACAGAGACAGACCGCAAAGAUCUGGUGUUGUACUGUGAGGUCUUCCUGACCACAUACAGGACCUUCAUCAGCCCAGAGGACCUCAUUAAGAAGCUCCACUACAGAUACACCAGGUUCUGUCACAGUCCAGACACGUUUAAGAAGCGGGUCAGCAAGAACACCUUCUUUGUGCUCGUUAGACUGGUGGACGAACUGUGUCUGGUGGAGUUAACAGAGGACAUCCUGAAGCAGCUGAUGGACCUGGUGUUCAGGCUGGUGUGUAACGGCGAGCUGAGCCUGGCCCGCGUGCUCCGCAAGAACAUCCUGGACAAGGUGGAGCAGAAGAAGCUGCUGCGCUGCACCAACUCCCUCAAGCCGCUGGCCGCCCGGGGCGUGUCCGCCAGGCCCGGCACGCUGCAUGACUUCCGCAGCCAUGAAAUCGCAGAUCAGCUCACGCUCCUGGAUGCAGAACUUUUCUACAACAUCGAGAUUCCUGAGGUGUUGCUUUGGGCCAAGGAACAGAACGAGGAAAAGAGUCCCAAUCUGACUCAGUUCACAGAGCACUUUAACAAUAUGAGCUACUGGGUGCGCUCUCUAAUCAUUCAGCAGGAGAAAGGCCAGGACAGAGAGAAGCUGCUCCUCAAGUUCAUUAAGAUCAUGAAGCACUUAAGAAAGUUGAACAAUUUCAACUCGUACUUGGCAAUAUUGUCUGCCCUGGACUCAGCCCCCAUCCGCAGACUGGAGUGGCAGAAACAGACAUCAGAGGGAUUGGAGGAAUACUGCACUUUGAUUGACAGCUCGUCGUCUUUCCGAGUGUACAGGGCGGCUCUGGCCGACGUGGAGCCUCCAUGCAUCCCAUACCUCGGUCUAAUCCUGCAGGACCUGACCUUCGUCCACCUGGGGAACCCUGAUCUCAUCGAUGGGAAGGUCAACUUUUCUAAGCGCUGGCAGCAGUUCAACAUCCUGGACAGCAUGAGGCGCUUCCAGCAAGUGCAUUAUGAUCUGAAGCGCAACGACGACAUUGUGUGCUUCUUCAACGACUUCAGCGACCACCUGGCCGAGGAGGCGCUGUGGGAGCUCUCACUGAAGAUCAAGCCUCGAAACAUCACCCGGAGGCGGACAGAGCGGGAAGAGAAGACCUAGGGGGUGUAGAGGCACGGCGUGGUGCCCAAACCCGGGACCAGGUCCCGCCAAGGGACCUCCACUGUGUUACAGACACUAACUCCACUUUACUAUGGACAGACAUUCAGACAGACAGAUGGAUGGGAUAGAUGGAUGGAUGGACACAAUCAGUUGGACCUAACUAACUUGGGAAGAGUGACUGACUAGGGCCGGACCAGAGCACAUACAGUAGGUUGGAGGAAAAGACUGAUUUAAAAUGACUCUGCACUGUUCUGCUACACUGGGAUAUUAUGGGGGUUUUAUGAUUGACAUGGGAUUGUCUCCACCCCGAACUGCUGUUGGCAGGGGAGAAACUCCUAGCCAAUGGGAGGAGGAGAAAGACUUGUAUAAGAGACUUGUGUAAGGAGGAUGUGGAGAUACCGCUCUCCUUCCUCUCCCAUUCUAGUGUGUAAGUAUGAGGUGAAAGCUCCUCUACACCCUGAUACCAACACCCUAUUCCCUUCUUUUCUUCCCUAAAUAGUGUGUUGACCAUUGGGUCAGCCCCUACUGCCCCCCUCCCCUGACUUCACUUCCCUCCAACAUUGAAGGAAGAUCAAGUUCCUUGUAUCCAUGGAAUCCUCAGUAGUCUGGACUGCAGUUUAGGGAAUGAGAAUCUGAGGGUUAGUAGAGGUGGACUGGACUUGUAGCAAGAGUGUAUUUGGGAUAUUGUGUAUUAUUGUUAUUAUUAUUAAUCAUGUAUGGUUGUGAUGUAUUAUACAGUGCUCCUUUUGUUCUUAAAAAGGAUGUUUAUUAUGCUAUUAAGAGAAGCGUUCAGCUUCUACCCAAGUGCCAUAAUAAUGUGCACUCUAAAAAGCAACGCAACAAAAAAAAGACCCAAAAAGAGAAUGACUAAAGAUGCUGUGAUCUAUGUAUGUCAUAUUCAAUCAUUGUGUGCCAUGUUUGAGUGAGAGAACUGCCAGUUGUGUGUGUGUGUGUGUGUGUGUGUGUGUGUGUGUGUGUGUGUGUGUGUGUGUGUGUGUGUGUGUGUGUGUGUGUGUGUGUGUGUGUGUGUGUGUGUGUGUCCAUUGUGUGCUGUAGUUCUUCAUUCUGAUUCCUUUGGAAUAAUCCUGUCAUCCUCAUCACACUAUGCAAUAAAACUGCUCAGUUUCUAUGCAUCACUGGUGUAUCACCAUCUUAAGAGGUUUGACAGACUAUGCUGCUUAUAUGAUCCUUAUGGGGAAAAUCCCAACAAGAUAGGCACUCUUAACUUUAACUUUUGCAUUAUCAUGCAUUGAUAUCAAUGGAAGUCUUGUUGCGCUUGCAAGUUAGGAUUCAGCCCCAACUGGUCAUUCUGGUUAGACAACCACAAGCCACUGAUAGUGGACGUAAUAUAUUUAAUAUUUCUUAAAUAUCAUGGUCAUUGGAAAAUGCUUUACAAAAUAAAGGCAAGUUAAGGCAUGAA